AUGUUUGGCCCGCUCGCUGUUGACAACCGGAGUGGCGUCAUUGUCGUCGGCUGGCUGCAGCAUUGCGCCCACAUUCCCUACGACCUCUAUACCGUCUUUAUUAACGUCGCUAAUGGCUUCAUGUGCGCCCACAUGCUCCCUGGUACGACUUACGGUACGGAGGCCUCAACAAUUACAAUUCUCACAAUGCAAUCGUCAGGGGACUGCUGCAGCGCAUGCUCCGUUCACCCAGACUGCCGUUACUGGGUAUUCAGGCGAUGCAAGAACACCUGCACCCUUAAACGUGAAGAGGGAGCAGGUCCCGGCUUCUUCGUGGAUGCAAGAACUGUGGCAGGCGGAGUGAGACGUAAGUUGCAAUCGAGCGACCGUGGGCAGGUGAACGCUGUGGCCCUCUUGGACAACCCCGGAGGUCGCCGCUGGGACCUCGUCUCCCCUGUUGACCCAAGUGCACAAUGGAUCUGGUCACGUGGCGGCGCAGCAUGGUGGAUCCCUGGCGCCCCCACAAACCCCCCAACUACUUUUAGCUACGUCUACAGGGCUGCAAGUGCGGUGACUGCCAAUAUAUAUGUUACCGCAUAUGAUUACGUCUGGAUUUACAUCAACGGCAUGCAGACAGGUACCAGCAAGCUUUAUAGCGUUUGGAAUCCUAUUCCGCCGGUGUCAGUGACCCUGCAGAAGGGGCCCAACCUCAUUCAAAUGCGGGUCCAGAACAGUGCUGAUCUCACCAUUGCGGGUGUCAUCAUGUCGCUUCAAGACUCAAAUGGGCAGGUGUUGGUCCGUUCCAAUGCGUCCUGGGUAUGGUCCGAGAGACCCAUAUAUGUAGCAGAUCGUGUUUGUGUACAGCCGUAG